AUGAAAAUGAUUCUUAACAACUUUGACGGUGAUUAUGAAUUGCAACUAAUAACGAUAGCUGCAAUGGAAGAAGAGCGACUCAAUAGAGAAAGAUGUUCGAGAAGACGUAGUGGUUCCAUUGAAGACCGUGCAGUUAUUUAUCGCGAUCGAGUUCAAGGCCAUGAGAGACUUUAUCGAGACUACUUCUCAGAAAUAGCCAUAUAUCCUGCCCAUUUAUUCAGGAGGAGAUUCCAGAUGAAUCGAUCUCUUUUUGUUCAUAUUCUAUCUACAGUGGAAGCAUACAAUCCAUAUUUUGUCCAGAAAACAGAUGCCGUUGGAAUCAUUGGUUUGUCUUCCCUUCAAAAAAUGACAGCUGCUAUGAGGAUGCUCGCUUAUGGAGCAGCAGCAGAUUCGGUGGAUGAUUAUGUGAGAAUUGGUGAAAGCACCGCCAUAGAGAGUCUAAAACACUUUGUUAAGGCGGUGGUUGCAAUGUUUUCUGAGACGUACUUGAGGAGCCCUAACAACGAUGAUAUUUCAAGAUUAUUAGCGAUGGAAAGCAAUCGCGGGUUUCCUGAUCGUUCUUCUGUAUUUUCACUCCUUACUCAAGGUCGUGCUCCUCCAGUCAAUUACUCAAUUAAUGGAAAUGAUUAUACAAUGGGAUACUAUCUUGCCAAUGGUAUAUAUCCGCAAUUGGCAACAUUUGUCAAAACAAUCUCAUCUCCACAAGGGAAUAAACAAAUAUAUUUUGCAAAAGCUCAAGAAUCAGCAAGGAAGGAUGUUAAGCAAGCAUUUGGUGUGCUCCAAGCACGUUUCGCGAUUGUGCGAGAACCUACACGUUUUUGGAAAACAGAAAUAAUGGAAGAUAUUAUGAUGGCAUGCAUAAUAAUGCAUAACAUGAUUGUUGAAGAUGAGAGGGAUGCCAAUGGAUUGGACUUUAAUUAUGAUACAAUUAGUGAAAGUUUUCCACCAGUGUCUCAUGAGCGUACACCAGAACUUUUUGAAUUCAUUCAAAAUCAUCAUCGCAUCAGAGAUAGAGGAACUCACUCCAAACUCAAACAAGACUUGGUCGAACACUUGUGGACACUACAUGGAGACUCCUUGUGA